GAAUAGCAGUUCCAGAUCGUAUUUCACCUGCAAUUACGCACAGCACACACUAUGGAACUCGACCCAACUGUAGUCCCUAGAGAAGAGGAUAUGGAACUGUCGAAUAUUAUCCCGUCCACGGAGCCCUCUCUUACGCAAAAGCGAAAACGCUCUCGUUCGGACGGUGUGUCCGCUCCUGUCGCAAAACGUCCAGAGCUCGACCAUUCCACCUCAAACGGAGCGCUGGUGGAGCCUUCGUUGGGAUACCCUGCUGCUCACCAGCCUCAAUGGCAGGGUACCAUUGAACGGGCCAUAACAUCCAUAGUUAGUAUUAGAUUUUCUCAAGUUGCGGCAUUCGAUACCGACGGGCCCGAUACGUCAGAAGCGUCGGGCUUCGUAGUAGACGCCGCAGCGGGACUUAUCUUGACAAACCGACAUGUGGCAUGCGCAGGUCCCUUCGUUGGAGAAGCAGUAUUUCAUGAUCAUGAGGAGGUGGAUGUGUUUCCAGUAUAUCGGGAUCCGGUGCAUGAUUUCGGCGUACUCAAAUUUGAUCCGAAAAAGAUACGCUAUAUGCCAGUUACUGAAAUUCAGCUUGCGCCAGACCUAGCCCAGGUUGGAUUGGAUAUUCGAGUUGUAGGUAACGAUGCGGGAGAGAAAUUGAGUAUCUUGGCGGGAUCCAUUUCCCGGCUGGAUAGAAAUGCUCCAGAGUAUGGAGAGAUGACGUACAACGAUUUCAACACAUUUUACCUCCAAGCGGCGUCAAGUACAAGUGGUGGGUCAUCAGGAUCACCGGUAUUGAACAUUGAAGGAAAAGCGGUUGCUCUUCAAGCGGGAGGGCAUAUGAGAGCGGCUACGGAUUUCUUCUUUCCUCUGGAUCGGGUGGCAAGAGCGUUGAAGUAUAUUCAAGAGGGCAAAGUGGUGCCCCGCGGCACAAUACAAGUGCAGUUCCUUCACCGGCCGUUUGAUGAAGUUCGCCGUCUCGGCCUUACAGACUCCACUGAGGCGCACAUUCGAAAUCUAUUCCCUACUGAAGUUGGCAUGCUCGUUGCGGAGGUUGUCGUACCCAAAGGUCCAGCGUCAGCGUUUCUCGAGGAAGGAGAUAUAUUGUUGAGUGUCAACGAUAAUUACCUGACAAAAUUUGUCCCGUUGGAGGAGGUGCUUGACAGCAGCGUUGGAAAGGAGAUCAAAAUAAAAAUCCAACGUGGUGGUGCUGACAUGGAGUUCACUCUCACUGUGCAAGAUUUGCAUAGCAUAUCCCCGGAUCGAUAUCUUGAGGUUGGCGGGGCAAAGCUCAACAACGUCUCAUAUCAGCUGGCACGCCAGUUUUGUGUGCCUGUUGAGGGUAUUUAUGUCUCAGAGCCUGCCGGGAUGUUUCGUUUAGACGGUUCGGAUCAUGGCUGGAUUAUCAGCAGCAUCGAUACAAAGCCAACACCGAAUUUGGAUGAAUUUAUUGCGGCAUUCAAAGAAAUCCCGGACCGCGAGAGAAUCCCAGUCGAAUAUUAUUCUAUUUUGGAUGUCCACACGAAAUCCGUGGCGGUUGUGACUGCAGAGCGACAUUGGUCUGGGUUCAGAUUGGCAGUCAGAAACGAUAAGACAGGACUUUGGGACUUCACCGAUCUCGGCAGCCCUCCUCCCCCAAGGCCAUUGAAGCCGAUGACCGCUACAUUUGCAACACUAGAUCAAAGUCUUGGAGCUGCAGCUAGCCUAUUCCAUUCACUGGUCAAAGUCAGUAUGUACAUUCCCUGCCGAAUAGAAGGCUUUCCAAAGUCAAGGAAAAUGGGCGCAGGACUUGUAAUCGACGCAGAGAAGGGUUUGGUCGUAGUUGGUCGUAACAUUGUCCCUUUCACCAUGGGAGAUAUUCUUUUGACUUUUGCCGAUUCGAUUAUUGUUCCGGGAAAAGCGGUGUUCCUACAUCCUACGCACAAUUUUGCAAUCGUUUCGUAUGAUCCCCAGUUGGUCGGCGAGACUCCCGUCAAGAGUGCACCAGUCAGUCCAAUAAAGCUUGGACAAGGACAUCGCGUGUCACUGGUAGCAUUGAAUCACAACCAGCGUCCAGUUGCCAUUGAAACAACAGUUACUGAUAUAACCACGGUAACAAUUCCGUAUUCGGGAACACCUAGAUUCCGUGCGAUCAAUUUUGAUGCUAUCACAUUAGACACCCCUCUCGCUCAGCAGUGUUCUGCGGGGGUACUGGUGGAUGCGGACGGUCGAGCGCAAGGCUUGUGGUUGAGCUAUCUGGGAGAGCGAACGAAUUCGGGUCAUGAUACAGAGUACCACCUUGGCAUCGGAAUCGAUACCCUACUACCAAUUCUAAGCCGAUUGAGACUAGACGCGACCCCAAAAUUGAGGGGUUUGGCUGUUGAGGUGACGCCUGUGCAGAUGUCUCAAGCUCGGCAUAUGGGUCUAUCCGAAGACUGGGUACGAAAGGUAGAGGCAGCAAACAAGGAGCGGCGCCAAUUGUUUUUGAUCCGAAGAACAGAAAAUGGGUCGGAGACCGCUAAGGUUCUACAGGAUCUGGAUUUGAUCUUAGCUGUCAAUGGAAAAACCAUCACACGAGUUCAAGAGUUGGAACUUCAUGAGGAAUGGGGUAGUGAUGUGGAAGUGACGAUCUUGAGAGCCAAGAAGGAAAUUACUGUUAAGGUACCGACGACUGAGUUUGACAAUGAAGGAACAAAACGGAUAGUUUUCUGGGCGGGUGCUGUCCUGCAUGAACCGCACCGCGCAGCUCUCCAACAGUCCAAAAAGCUUCCCUCGAGAAUCUACGUCUCAGGCCGUGCCAAAGGGUCACCAUCGUAUAUGUACGGAAUUGUUCCAACACAGUGGAUCACCGCGGUCAACGGCCGGAAAGUAACCACAUUGGAUGAUUUCGUUGAUGCUGUAAAGGGCUUGCCCGAUAAUGAAUACGUACGGAUUAAGACAAUCAGUUUUGAUCUAGUGCCAUGCGUAUUGAGCAUAAAGCUCGGUCUGCAUUAUUGGCCUACCUCUGAGUUGAUAAGAGAUCCUGAUAGCGACUGUGGAUGGACUCGGAGAAACAUCCAAUAGUCUGCUAAGUGGUGGUAAGGGGCUGCACAGGAUCGCAGCAUUGCAUUACUACAGACAACCAGCAUCAUGAACGCGCAUGUCACAUCACUGUACUUAUAAUAUCCACAAAAAACUUCUAGUGUUCUUGUGAAUGCAAAGUUCACUUAAGCACAAAGAUUAUACCGUAAUCUGGCGACAUUUGUUAUAGCUGAAUAUUUUGAAUAUAUCUGUAACAAAUUGGUGAAGAUGUGGCUACACAGA